UCGGACUGACGGCCUUGAGCGACAAAUCAUAAUUAGGCUGGCAGAUGCGCGAGUUUAGAACGCUGUUAAGGAUAGCUUGUUGCUGUUGCUCAUGAUUUUCAUUAUAAUUCGUAUUUCGAAAGCACUUGGUUUUCCUAUGGAAUGAGCCACUAAGAAUGCUUCUUAGCAAGAUUGUUCGGGAAGAAUAUCGUUAACUCCUAUUUGUUUUUUUCUAGGGUGCUUCACUUUUCACCCAUAUCUAGUACCCAAUCUCAUUCAAGUCAUUUUUGAUACUUUCAACCUCAUCAAUUCAAAGUAAAAUGGAAAAGGAGUGUUGUGCUAAUCCAUGGGAUUUACGUCCCAAGAUUGAAAAACCUACUUCCGAAUGUGCUCCCCCCUUACAAUCGCACGUCUCCAAAAAACUGAAACAAAAUCUUAGUGGACAUCUGUCGCACAAAGAGACGUUCAGCACAAAGAAUCCACCGAAGGUUACUUCAACGACAAGCGGGAAAGAAAACGAUACUAAUAAGUUGCAAAGUAAUCAGGCCUUUCAUAUAAGAGAGGAAUGUCUACUUGUACGGUCGAAAGGUGACCACAUCUUGAAAGAUGUAGAUAAUUUUCCUCUUGAUUCAUUAAGAGUCCCUAGUUUAAGGGCAUCCUGUCAAAAUAGUCGUUUACAAUGUAAUACAUUUAAAGAAGAAUCAUUUUGCCACUCUGUUACUGGUUCUACUAGUAUUCAAUCUAACAUAAUAAAGCCAAAACUCACUAAGUGUGGCUCUUUACUUGGUCGUUCUCUAACCAAUGAAGUAAACACACCAGACAUAAUGCCAAAUCCUUCUGUAAUAAACUAUGAUUCUACAAAUACGAAUAAAAUCAACAGUCUCGAAAAUCCUGACGUUCAAUGUGUAAUGACAUGCGUGAGGUCGAUGCGGGACAUAUUAUAACUAAACGUCCUGUAGAAGAGACAUUAGAUAUGUGUGUGUCGAAUCGUGUGAGGUCCAGUCGGAGUUGUUUACCUGUACAUAAUUAUAUCAAACUUAACUUGAAGAAGAAACAGUUUUGUCGUAAAGGAUCGUCAAGACAACAGACGUUAAGGAGAAAAGUUUAUUUCAACAAGCUCAGAAAGAAGCUCAAAAACGGUAAUCAUAAGACAAACCCCUGCUUUAUUUGCGGGGUUACAGGCCACUGGGCUAAUAAGUGUCCACACACCAUCAUGAAACCCCAACCCUCCAUCGAAAACAAUUUACUCGAUUGGCAACAGUGUGAUAACACGUGUAAAAUACCCAGUCUUGUUGAACUGGAUAAUCGAUACUUUCCAGCUCAUAUUAAUGAUGUUUUGCCAAUCGAUUUUAUAAGUAAUCCUUCGAAACAAUCUCCUAUUGAUGAACUGUCUCGUCGUGUGCAAUGCUGUCUACAGGAGUUGGGCUUUGAGUCAUUCCGUCCCGGUCAAGAGUUAGUUAUUUUGCGUACACUACUGGGCAUUUCAACAUUGGCUGUAAUGCCAACUGCUUUUGGGAAGUCACUUUGCUACCAAAUACCUGCAGUAAUACACCAGGUAAGCUAAAUUAUCAUUUUAAUCACUUUACAUUAUUAUCAUCGAGCAAGUUUAUAAAACAGUCGCCUUGGUCAUCUCACCCCUUAUUUCGUUGAUGGAAGACCAGGUCAUACAACCUAUAUCGGGAUUACAUGGCACUUUCCUGAACUCAAGUCAGUCUGUCGAUCGCAAAAAAGAAAUAUUAGAAGAAGCUCAUAGGGGGAAAUAUUCUUUUCUUAUGCUUUCACCUGAAGCAAUAGUGGACUCUGAUUGGAUGCUUCAGUCCGGACGCCUUCCUCCGAUAAGUUUUGUUUGUAUCGACGAAGCACAUUGUCUAGCCGAUUGGUCCAAUCAUUUUCGACCUUCUUAUCUUCGCGUAUGUAAUCUACUUCGGAAAUAUAUGGGAGUUAAUUGUUUUUUGGGUCUUUCUGCAACUUGUACCCCAGAUGUUAUCACGAAUAUUUGUAAUAAUUUGGGAAUUCAUAAUCCAACACGGUUUGUUGGUGAUACAAUUAACGAAACAACUUUGCAUCAACCUGGUUAUGUUCAACCAGUGUUAACUCCUCUGCCGUCACAUUUGACAAUAUCAGCAUCAAUGGAUGAUAAAAAAGAUGAAGCACUUUUGAAGUUGCUAACAAGGAAACCAUUUAAUCAACUAACUGGAGGGAUAUUAAUAUAUUGUGCAACUAGAGAAGAAACAGAGCAUUUAGCAUCAUACAUUCGUACAGCUUUGCAGGAUAAAGUGGAUCAGGUUGGCCGUAGACGUAUGAGUUGGACAACAGCUGCAUAUCAUGCUGGUCAAACGACAAGUGAAAGAUCCCGUAUACAAAAGAAAUUUAUGAGUGGUAAAAUACGCGUUCUAAUUGCCACAUGUGCCUUUGGGAUGGGAUUGAAUAAACCUGAUUUACAAGCUGUAAUUCAUUUCUCACUUACUAAAUCAUUUGAAAAUUAUGUGCAAGAAAUAGGUCGUGUAGGACGUAAACAACAGGCCUCAUAUUGUCAUGCAUUUCUACCCUCCUCUUUAAUGAAUGAUCCACAUGAAGCAAAUCAUAUAAGACGACAUAUUUUUGCUAAUCAUAUUGAUGCUGUAUUAUUGAAACGUUUACUUGGAUUAAUAUUUAAAGAUUUUCAUUGUACAUGUCGGUUUAUUGAAAAUCAUAAAGAAAAUCCAAUGUCAUGUCAAGGUCAUGUACAUGCAAUCGAUCUACAAGUUAUCAGUGAACAAAUCGAUAUAAAACCUGAAAGCUUAGCUACGAUAUUAGCCUACAUAGAAUUAGAAUCCAACAAUCCAAUAAUCUCGUUACUGCAUUCUGGUUAUGCUAUGGCUACUGUUCACUGCUAUGGAGGUCAAUAUGAGAUGGCUUAUGCUUCCCAACGUUGUUUAGCUGUUUCAGGUGCUCUUAGUUUAUGGAAAAGUGAACAAACGAAGGAUUCACAAACCAGAGACGAAUAUCCUAGGCAUUUGAAAUUAAAUUUACCACAACUGUUUAAUCGUUGGGGUUGGAAGCCAAAUGUGGUGAAACAAGAGUUAAAAAAAUUGGAAUGGGAUUAUUCCAAGAGCAAUAAUCCCACCGCAAUGUCUAGUAAAAUUCAUCGUACUGGGAUAAAUAUUGAUUUUUCACAUUGGAGUUCAUGGCUAUGGAUUCAUGGGUCUGAAGUACCAAUUACGAAUGAGCGUCUAGAUACUUGUUUGGUCUACUUGAAUAAUCGCCUGCAACAAGCUGAGGAAGCCGCUUUGCUUAGUAUAGAACAAUUAACAUUGGCUUUAGGUGCUGUUGCACAACCGUGUCUUCAAGACAUCUACCCUGAAGAAACUAACCAUGAUUUGGAGAGUCCUAAACCUGUUUGCAAAAAAUAUAGUGAACAGUGGUCAUCUGUUGUGCACGAAAUCAUCAAAUCCCAUUUUUCCGGUACUAAAAACAAUUUACGAAAUGAUAAGUUAGUACUUAUUGAGAACUGUCAAUCUCGAUAUCAUUGGCCAACAGUUGUAACAGACGCUCAGAUCGCUCAGGUACAAUCUACAGUUAGAAACUUUUUACAUGUAUAUGAAUCUAAUCUUGAUCGAAAAAUCACAGGUCGGACAAUCGCUAAUAUAUUUCAUGGGAUAUCGACUCCUCACUUCCCUGCAACUACAUGGUCAUAUUGUCGACGAUUCUGGAAAGUUCAUUUGGAUAUUGAUUGGCCAACUAUUAAGAAGAUUGCUACCCAAGAGUUACUAAUUCAUUUUUCAUGCACCUAAAUAAUUUAUUCACACCAUUUGUAACAUAGACACUGAUUUUAAAGAGUGAAUCACUGUACCAAUAAAUAAACAUAUGAGUAGUUACU